AUGGCGAUUAGCGAUCGACCUACCACCGACCCAAACUUCUGUUAUGGUCGUUGGUUAUCAUCCCCUCAACCUGGUGAAGAAGUGGUCAUAUCUGGGAUGUCAGGUCGUCUCCCUGAAUCGAAUAACAUCCAUGAAUUUCGUGACCACUUAUUCAACAAGAGGGAAAUGAUCACUGACGAUGAUAGACGCUGGAAACUCAACCAUCCUGAGAUACCACAAAGAACAGCUAAAAUUUACAACAUCGAUAAGUUUGAUGCGGGUUAUUUUGGGGUACAUUAUCGUCAAGCUGAUAUAAUGGAUCCAAUGAUGAGAACUGUUAUGGAAACAGCCAUAGAGGCUAUAAUGGACGCUGGGCUUAAUCCUUUGGAGCUACAAGGGACCAAAACCGGGGUGUUUGUGGCUUGUUGCUGGUCAGAUAUGGAGAAUACAACCCUCGUCAAUAUAAAGGAAGAAGAAAGAUUUGCAACCACAGGGUAUUUUAGAUCUUUCAUUCCACGUAGAAUCAGCUACUACCUAAAAUUAAGAGGACCUGCAUUCGUCCUCGACACAGCCUGUAGCAGUUCAAUGAACGCCUUCGACGCCGCCUUGAAAUCCAUCAGAAGUGGCCAGUGCGACAACGCCAUAGUAGCCUGUGCGAAUCUUCUCCUACAUCCAGGAAACUCUCUUCAGUUUUUUCGUUUAGGUGUUUUAAGUAGCGAAGGCAUUUGCAAAGUUUUUGAUCAAAACGCCGAUGGUUACGUACGAGGCGAAACCAGUGCUUGUCUUUUCUUGCAAAAGGCGAAAAAUUCUAGAAGAAUAUACGCACAAGUUAUUGGCACGAAAAUAAAUUCAGAUGGUUUUAAAGAACAGGGCAUUACUUUUCCUUCUACGAAAGCCCAGAAACAACUUAUGACGGAAAUAUACGAAGAUUCUGGUGUUGAUGCUUCUGAUCUGGCGUUUUUAGAAGUACAUGGAACAGGUACAGAAGUAGGUGAUCCACAAGAAGUAGAAGCGAUAGAUGGUGCUUUGGCCAAAAAACGUCAAAAGCAGCUUCUGGUGGGUUCGGUUAAGGCGAGUAUCGGACAUACUGAACCUGCGUCUGGUGUUUGCUCGAUUAUCAAAGUACUAAUUGCUAUGGAGACUGGACUUAUAGCUCCUAAUAUUAAUCUCAAAAAAAUUAAAGACGGAAUGGAAGGUUUUGAAAAAGGUAGAAUGAAAGUUGUAACCGAACUAACUAAACUAGAAGGCGAUGAUGCUAUUGUUGGGAUUAAUAAUUUUGGUUUUGGGGGUAAUAAUGGUCACGCGAUAUUACGAAGAUUUAAAAAGAGGAAAAUUAAUAGAGGCUUACCAGAAGACGAUAUUCCGAGAUUAGUUUGUGUGAGUGGUCGCAGCGAAGAAGCAGUGCUUAACCUACUAGCUGACGUCAACAACACACCUUUAGAUGCUGAAUACGUAGGGUUACUUCAUCACAUCCACCAAACGCAAAGCCAAAACCAAUCAUUUCGGGGAUACGCGAUUAUAUCAAAAGACGGACUGGUCAAAAGUUCGUCAAAAUUUUUUACAGGUCGGCAGCUACCUUUGUAUAUAUUUUUUGGCCACUUUGCUAGAAAUUACAAACUCCUGGGGUCAUACCUGUUGAAUUUUCCAGUGUUCAAGAAAACAAUUGCUUGCAUUGAUACAAUUCUUGUUUCCAAAAACUUGAAAACGUUUAGAAAAAUUUUGCAAGAGCCAUCUGAAACACACGAGGACAAUUUGGGAUCGAUUUGUGUACAAGUUGGUGUUGUCGAUAUGUUAAAACUUCUGGAAUUACAUCCGGCUGCAGUUUUCGGUGAUUCUUUUGGCAAACUUACCACUACUUACUACUACGGUAUCAGUAGUCUGGAUGAGACGAUUUCAACAGCUAUCAAAAUUAGUCAGCUGGACUUUGACUCAGAUUUGCACUUUAAGGCAGAUUUCGCUAAACUACAAACCCAGGAUAAAAGACGGAGUGAUGUUCUAUCUUCUCAAGACCUAGUUGAUACCCAUGAAAAACAUUUCGUUCUUAAUGUUUCGGAUGCGCACUUAAAUUGCAAAGAUGAGUUAUUGGUGGAAGACCGAGUUGUUAAUUUUUUAAGCGUCUUGGGAAGACUUUAUCAACACGGUCACACUCUUUACCUGCAUGAACUGUAUCCAAAAAUCCAGUAUCCAGUAAGUCGGGGUACCCCAAUGAUUUCGCCUUCACUUCGAUGGAACCACGUAAAGAGCUGGUACACCUAUAAAUUCAGUGAAUUUAUAGCAUCUGAUGCUGAACAGAAAGAAUACAACAUAUCUUUCUUAUACGAUGAGUACAAAUUUAUACAAGGGCACGUUAUCGACGGUCGCAAUCUUUUCCCAGCCACAGAAUAUUUGAAUCUAGUUUGGGACACUUUCGCUCAAAGUCGACGAUUGUUACCCAUCGAUCUACCAGUUGUUUUUAAAGACUGUAAAUUCAUAAGAGCAGUGUCUAUGCCAAAAUCUGGGUUUGUCAAACUUCUCGUAACAAUUCAAAGAGGAACUGGAAAUUUUGAAGUUCUUGAGAAAGAUUCACUUGUUGUUAGUGGUUGUAUCCAGAUGUGCACCGAUAUGAAACAGGAGCAGACUAAUCUAAAGGCUUCAGUUCUUGGUGAUGCAGAUUCAGCUGAAAUUCUGGAACAAGACGAGAUUUAUAGAGAGUUGUAUUUAAGAGGAUACAAUUAUAGUGGAUUGUUUAAGGGUGUCAUAAAAUAUAACGCUGAAUCUUCUUCUGGGUUAAUCAAGUGGGACAACAACUGGAGUAGCUUUAUGGAUGCUAUGCUUCAAACGAAAAUUCUUCAGGCCGACACUAAACUACUUAAUGUUCCCGUGGGUAUCAAAAAGUUGACGGUAGAUCCUCUAACACACCUAGAAUUGGUUAAUAAAUUAGACAAAAACGAGAGUUAUCUACCUGUGUCCGUGUACGAGGAAUGUAAUAUUAUCAAAUCUGGAGGAAUCGAAAUAUGUGGACUUCAAGCAAAAUCCAUUUCUAAAAGAAAGCAACGCUUGCAACCAGUUUUGGAGAAGCAUCAGUUCGUUUCGAAUUUUUGUCACUUGGAUUUAGAAGAAGCAGUUAGAGUAAAUACCCAAAUUAUCCUAGAAAAUGUCUUAGAAAACCGGUUUAAAGCGGUGGAAAUCAUCGACGACUAUACUUGUCAAAAUUCAAAACAUUUGUUACAUUUGGUUUGUAAGGCUUUGGAUGAUGUCCCACUGAUAACUCCUGAUCUAACUAUAUCGUCUAAAACAAGUAUAGAUGAAAUACCUGGUGUUAAAGUUGAAGAUGUUAGUUUAACCCCUGAGAGCAACUUGCUUCUUGUUGUUGCUACCAAAGUUUUCCAGCGUUCGAACAUUUUGAAACAGUUGACUGGAGCUCUUAACAAAAAUGGUUUUAUUUUGAGUCGUGAAGACAUUGAUUUUAGACCAAAUGAAACAGAAGGAAUAGAAGUUCUCACUGAAUUUACUACAGCCGACGAAAAACUUAUUUUGUGUCGAGAAAGUGUUGCCCCCGCUGAUACCAAAGUCAUUGAAGUAUCUUCGAGUAGUUUUCACUGGUUGCCAGAGCUUCAAAAGUCUUUGAGUCGUGAUACAAAUAUAAUAGUUUACGCCGGAAAUGAACACAUGGAAGGUAUAUUAGGAUUGGUGAAUUGCGUCAGACGCGAACCAGGAGGUGAUAAAAUCAAGUGUUACUUUAUGAUGGACGAAGCGCCAAAAUUUGACCCCCAAAUAAGAUUUUACAGUCAACAAAUUAGAAACAAUUUGGCCAUCAAUAUCUACAAAGAUGGAAGAUGGGGAACAUAUAGACAUUUGCUUCUGGAAGAACAAGACAAAAUUGCUUGUAGUCACUGUUACGCAAAUGUUACUUCACGAGGAGAAAUAUCAACUCUAAGAUGGCUGGAAGGAGGGUUAACCGAACAAACCCCACUACCAGAAGAAAAAUAUUUCCUUAAGGCCAUUUACUCUGCGGUUAAUUUCAAAGACAUCAUGGUAGCUUCUGGUCGUGUUAGCGUGGAAUCAUUAUCAGUAAAUCGUCUCCAGCAAGACUGUUUGUUAGGAUUUGAAUUCUCAGGAGUGGACUUGAGUGGUCGCCGCAUUUUUGGAAUGAAUGAAGCUCAAAGUUUUGCCUCUUAUGUUGUUGCUGAUAGUUGUUACUCUUGGGAAAUUCCGGAAUCGUGGACUUUCGAAGAUGCAGCAACAGUUUCUGUUGUGUACUCUACUGUUGUUCAAGCCCUACAAGUGAAAACUUUGAAACCGGGAACUUCCAUCUUGAUCCAUUCAGCAACUGGUGGAAUUGGGCUUGCAGCUCUGAAUAUUUGUGUUUAUCACCAGUGUGAUAUUUACGUUACGGUAGGAACUGAAGAAAAAAGACACUACUUAAACAAACAUUAUCCACAAAUUCCGAAUAACCACAUCGGUAAUUCUCGUGAUACUUCAUUUGAAGAAAUGAUAAAAAGGGAAACAGAGGGUCGAGGAGUGGACAUUGUCUUAAACUCUCUUACUGAUGAUAAACUUAAAGCUUCGAUUCGGUGUUUGGCACGUGGUGGACGAUUUAUGGAUAUUGGCAAGUUUGACUUGGCUAAUGACACUAGUCUAAAUCUUUUGUUUAUGGAGAGGGAAGCGAGUUAUCGUGGAGUGAUGCUAGAUCGAACUUUUAAGGAUUCGAAGGAACUGAGGCUUGAUAUAUAUAAAUCGAUUAAAGAUGGUUUGAAAGCUGGUUAUGUUAAACCACUGCCUAGAGUCGUAUUUAAUACUGACGAAAUAGAAGCAGCUUAUAGAUAUAUGAUGUCGGGUAAACAUAUCGGCAAAGUUUUAAUUAAAAUACGUAACGAAACAGAAGAUAUGGAUAGAAAAUUUCCAGCUUAUCCAAAAUUCAACUGUGACGUACGCUACUCUUAUGUCAUAAUUGGUGGAUUAGGAGGAAUUGGUUUGGAAUUAGCCGACUGGUUAGUUUUACGAGGGGCAAGAAAGCUGAUUCUUGUGUCACGAUCGGAAAUUCAAACCGGAUAUCAAAAACAAAAACUCCGAAUUUGGACAUCUUAUGGUGUAAAAGUCCAAAUUUCCACAAAAGAUAUAACCACUGAGCGAGGCUGCAGAGAUUUAAUCGACGAAGCUAACCACCUGGGACCUCUCGACGCAAUUUUCAAUUUAGCCGUAGUCCUUAAAGAUGCUCUUUUCGUGGAUCAGACGGAAGAAACCUUCCUUGCUUCUCUAACCCCAAAGGCUCAAGCCGUAGUACACCUAGAUCACGUCACCCAAGAGUUGUGCCCAAACUUGAGAUAUUUUGUGGUGUUUUCAUCAGUGUCCUGUGGUCGUGGAAAUGCCGGUCAAAGUAACUACGGGAUGGCAAACUCAAUUAUGGAGAGGGUAUGCGAAAGGCGAAAACGUCAAGGGUUCCCUGCUUUGGCUAUCCAGUGGGGAGCAAUUGGUGAUGUUGGCUUGGUGGCUAAAAUGCAAAAAGAGAACAAAGAGUUGGUGAUUGGUGGAACUUUGCAACAAAAAAUUUCUAGUUGUUUGGAGGUCUUAGAUAGGCUUCUGACGCAAGAUCACCCAGUUGUGGCAAGUAUGGUGGUGGCUGAGAAGCACAAUAGAAGUUACGGUCUUCUUAGUGCGGUGGAUGCAGUUGCUCAGGUGUUAGGAAUUAAAGACAUGAAAACUGUAAGCCAACAUUCCACUUUAGCAGAACUAGGAAUGGACUCGAUGAUGGGUACGGAAGUAAUACAGCUCCUGGAGAAAGAUUUUGAAAUAUAUAUAACACCAAAAGAAGUACGAAGUUUAACAUUUGCGAGGUUAAUUGAGAUAGAAAACGAGCGAAGGAGUGUUGUUGAUGAAAAAUCGACACUUAAGACACAGCUGGGUACCAAUACGCUAAUUCAGUGCAUUCCUACUGGCACAACGCAUACAGUUUCAAUUAUAAAAUUAUGCAGUCAGGUACUUGAGGACCAGGAAGCUCCUCCUGUGUUCAUUUUACCGGGUAUCGAAGGAGUUUUCAAACCACUUGACCCACUGGUCAAACAACUAAAAGCACAUGUUUUCGGGGUUCAAUAUAACUAUAAUAACCCCGAAGACACGAUUCAAGGAAUUGCGUUAAAUAUAUUACCGCACAUACAAAAGUGUUUAACUAGUAAAAGCAAUUUUUUUAUCGUUGGAUAUUCCUUCGGAACGACAGUCGGCUUAGAACUCGUCUGUUUACUAGAAGAAAGAGGCUACGAGGGUACAGUUGUUGUAGUUGAAGGCUCUCCGUCAUAUUUAAGAUCUUCAGUCAAAAACUAUAUUCCAGAAGAAACCGAAGCCGAAUUUCAAACCACCCUUAUGUAUAAAAUUCUCACUAUUUUGGUGCCUUUAGAUGUGCUGGAGCAAUACAAGGAAAAAUUCUUGAAAUGCGAAAAUUUGCAAGACCGAAUUGACUUGGUUCUUUUACUUGUGCCCACUGAUAUCGUUAAUAGAGAAAAACUGGACAGGCAAGCGCCUGUUACUUUGUACAAACGUUUCAAGGCUUUGAUUAACUAUGAGUUUACACACAAUAAAAUUAAGUCCUCUGUGCAUUUAUUUAAAGCGAAACAUUUUCUCGUUGAAGCAGAAAAUGAUUAUCAGUUGACAAAUUUGUGUGAAAAACCAGUGCACAUAAAUACAAUAGAAGGUGACCAUGCGACUAUUUUGGACCAACCAGAGCUUUCUGACGGCAUCAAUAAGAUCUUAAAAAUGUUUUAG